AUGCAAGGACCCCGUAACGCUCAGACAAUGUCUAAGGCAUCGUUUGUCGAAUGUUUAAGUGAGGCUGGUCGCAAUGAUUUCCUUGAGAAGGCGAAAAACCAGAGUUUCAGAAGUAGUUCUGGCACUGUCCGUGUCCAGCCCGCUAACCCAAAGUUUAAGAAGCACCGUGAUUGGGCAUUGGACAAGGCCACCGGAUUGCUUAGGAGUGUUGCGCCUGGCAAGGCUGUGCAAGCCGAUUUCAAGAAUCGCAUUGUGAAUGUUGACGGUGCCAAGAUAUUCGAGCAGUCCAAGACGGAUUUGGAGGAAGUCUUUGCGCCUCCCUUUACAUUUUUUCUUUGA